AUGAGGAGAAGGGGCAAGAAUGCCAAAAAGGGGGACCCCAAAAUUGCUUCGCUUGGCACUGCUCACGCCGACAACCCACGUGCCAAUAUUCCCGGAGUCAACUUCACCCGCAUAAAGAGCUCCUACUUGGAAGGGGCGCUAAAACUAACAAACGCAGAAAGCGUGAAACAAAAAUUAAAGCGCAAAAAUGAUGAACUGAAGGGAAUGGUCAGAGGGGGGGACAUGCCCGUGGUGCCCUGUCUGGACAGGGUACUGUCAGUACAAACCAUCCCAAGCGACCAUGAUGGAAGGGGACAGGACACUACGGAGUUGAAACAUUUUGAGGAAUUCGAAAUUGUUCUAAGGGGAGUAAUGAAAGACCAGGAGGGGUUGGUUAGCAGAGAAGCUGAAGGACAAAUAUCCUCCUCUGUGGUGGAAAACUCAGCACUAUCGAAUGAAGUACCGUUCAUAUGCGAUAAGGUGACAAGCGAGAAGGACAACGAAGAGGGAGAACAAAUAGGGGAAAGCCAAGUGGGCGAAAAAAUAAAGGAAGACGAAAUGGGCAAACAAAUAGAUGAAGACGAUAAAGGGAACGUGUCCAACCUUUUUAACAAAACGAAGGAGGCAUACAAAUCGUUGAACCUCGACAAGCUGUUUCUGGUGAACAGUUUUAAUAACUCUUUCCUGGAUGAAGUCGUGGACAAGAGGAAGGAAAGCGAGGUGUGCGAACAUGAACGCAGCAGAAAGGAGAACAAACUUAGCUUAGUGAAGACUAUCGAAAGGAAGUUGAAAGGCCAAAAUUCCUUCGUCAUGGAAAAUAUAUAUAACGCCUUUAGAGGCACCAUAAACGAUUUUAUAGACGUGUACCUUCAGGGGGAGCAAGAAGAUGAUGAAGAAGUAGAAGAGAUGAGCGAAGGAAGAAGCAACAGGACUGUGGUGAGGAAGGAUACGACCAGUCGCAGCGUCGAUCCUUUUCGACAUGGAGACAGAGUUAACCUGAGGGAUGAACAUGAUUUGAAAAAAAUGUAUCACAUGGACAGUGAUAUCUUCCUUUCUGGGGGAGAAAAAGACAAAAUUAAAGUUGGUCAAAGUGGGUAUGCGACGAAAAGGGAAGAGGACACAAAUAUAAAAAACUACUUGAGCCAGUUUGGGGGAACAAAAUCGGGUGAGAACAGCAAUUCGCAUGACGGCACCAAGUGUUGCAAAAUCAAAAUGGGUGGGGGAAACCUAUUUGGGGAAAGGAAUGUGGUGGCGAGCGCUAUGGCCUAUCUCAUGGGGGACACAUUCAAACAGAAGAGCAAUGCUCUACACACAGACAUGAACAAACACAAGCAAGUGGAAGAGGCAUACAGUGCAUACUACCCUGAGGUGAAGACAUUUGAAUAUUCAAGUAUUAUGUCUGAUUAUUUGUAUAACAGGAAAGGGUUGCCGAAGGGAGGAGGAAGAAGAAGAAGCAAGCAUGAUGGCCACAACCUUUCCAGUGAUCAUAAGUGCCCAAAUAGGGAUGACCAAAUGAGCAACGUGUUGGACACACAGGUGAAUGACACAAGCGUAUUUGACAUUUCCCCCAUGACACACAAAUACAAGUACGCAUCGAACAUCAUACUAACGAUUAACAAAAUAAAAAAUAUCGAGCGUGUGAUAGAAAUUAAUUUGAAUAUUAAAGACGUGGAAUUGAAAGUUCCAGGUAUGCGUAUUGAAAAUGUGAUCAUGCCAUAUAAAUAUGGUAGUGAUUUGUUAACCAUAAAAAUAAAAACUUUGAGUGAAGGAAAUGGGGGCGUGGCGACAGGUCAUAAGGUUAUGUGUAGAGGGGAUGGGAUAGAUGGCUACCAAAGUAGGGAACACAAAAUGAAAGGACAAGACACAAAUGAAAAAAAUAUUACCAUAAAAUCGUACUUUGUUUUUAUCCCACUGAACCUCAUUAAGGAUGGAGUUGUAAAUAAAAGACUCAUCUUAAUCAGCUCAAAAAGGAAUGAAGAAUUUGAAAAGGAAGGAUUACUGCCUGAUACUCUUUACAUGAUAGAAUCUCAGAAGCUAAAUUGUGAAAAGGAAAAACAUAUGUACAUUUCAAUCAAAAUUUGCAAAAAUGGAAUUCAUUUUUUCCCUUGUGUGAAUCCCCAUCAGGGGCACACUCUUCAUACAAAUUACACAACGAAUGGAGGCCUCAACAGGAAGCCAUUCGAACCUGUAUACGUAUGUUUAUAUAACGAUGAAGUGGAUAGAGCUAUUGGGAAUAUAUUGAAUGGAAGGGGGUUGGCAAACAAAGUAAGAAUAAACAAGUUAGCUGCAACAGGACAUUACAUGCUUAACAAUUUACCCUUUCAGUUUUAUUUUAAUAAUUCUAAUGUACUCCUUUGUACUCAUGGGGAUAUUAAGGAGGAGGCGGAAAAUGUAUUUAAUCGUAUUGGCAAAGAGUAUAUUCGCGUAGAAAGCUUCAUUGACCUUUUUCCAACACACAUAUUCCCCCCGUUGGAGGACGUCCUACAUUUGGACUUGAUUGAAAAGAAUGAAUUGUUACAAUUAAAAUUUGUUCUUCAUUUCUUAGCCAUCACUGAGAUUAUAUGUAUGCAUUUGUGUUCCCUCUUGAAUUUCCACGUGGAUAUACAACCUCUCUUUCGGGACCACGUGAAUGCAGUUAAAAUGGAUGAUGGAACGGGGCAGGAGAACCGCUUCACAUUCCUGUAUACCUCUUACGAAGAGGAUGCAGAACCCAAAGGCUAUUUUCUAAACUACACCAAGCCGUUCAUCUUCCGCUUCCAUUGCGAUGACAACGAUCUCUUCAUCAUGGACUACGCACGCAAACAGGCCAUAUUUUUACAUAACGUGAUAAAGAACCAUGGAGACAUAAAAACCAUUCCUAUGUCAUAUGAUAAAACGAAAAGUCUUUUUUUCACGAAAGACAGUAGGAAGAAGCAAUUUCAAAUUUAUUACAUGGACAUUUUGAGGAGGUACAACUUUGUACUUAACAGGGGAGACAACCUUUUCAGAAUUCCCAACACGAGGGACUACUCUACACCUAAAAUAAGUGCACCAGUGAAACGGCAAGGUGCUGCUAAUAACAAUGCAUCGGUUUGUACAAAUGGGGUGGAGGAAGAAAAAAAUGGAAGACACUUUGAUGAUACAAUAAUUGGCGCCUUACAAGGGAAACUCCUGCCAAAAAGUGAAAACGCAUAUAGGAGACAUGUUACCACGACGGGUCAGGCAAAAAUAGCUGAAGAGAGAAACUUCGUGGGGGGUAAUAUAACGUCAGGGGAGGAACAGAAAUUUCCCAUAAGAGAAGAACAAAUUACUCCCCACGAUAAAAUUACUAACGAGAAGACGUCAUUUUACAAUCUAAGAGAAUACAAGAAUUAUCAUUUCCACGAGAAAAAAGGUGGUCAAAUAGAAUAUAAAAAUGGUAACUCAUUUGAAGAUUUCGACCGAGGGAGGGAUAGGUAUGAAGAGAUAAGUACAAAUGGAUGGUAUAUGAAUGGGAAGGAGAAGGAAGAAUCCUCCGCUGGGGAACUACCUCAUCCACAGGAUGAUGAAAUUUCUUAUUAUAACAUGCAUAAGGAGGAUGUCCCGUUCAGCCUGGAAAGUGUCAAGUGGGAUUUUAAUGACGACCAUGUAUACCCAGGUCAGCAUCCUGUCUAUGCAGGUUGUUCAAAUGGAUACGGCCACAGGGAGGGUGUCACGCCCAAUGCGGAGGCCACACCUGGGGGAGGUGUAGGGGAGGACAGGCAAACGGUCUCCAUUGCGGACGUUAGCUACGGAAGAGGAUACAACGAAGGGUGCAGAGAAAAGUACGCCGAUCGGUGUGCCUUGACACGUGAUGCGCGCCUAUCGGGCACUACGGACCAGGACUGGGUCGCUUCAAAGCUCUCCACAUGUAAAGUGUACACCGAUCACACGGACCACGCACCCAAGCAUUGCAAGCUGGUUAGGCGAAGUGAUAAUGAGGCGUAG